AUGAUGGCAGGUACUUCAGAAACAAAUGCUACACAGACGUCAACAUACGUAUCGCAAAACAUACCAGUCGGCCUUGCACGUCUUUAUCCGAAAUUAAAGAAACGAAAUGCAACAGUACCAUUGUUUAGAAUUGGUGACAUUGUCGCAGAACGAUGGAUUAUAAGCGGUCUCAUAGGUCGUGGUGGAUAUGGACAAAUUUUUUUUGCUGUAGAUAAUAGAGGUGAAGAAUUGAAAGGAGUAGCCAUAAAAACAGAACCAAAAAUGAGAAGAGGAAAAGUGGCUAAACGAAUGAUUUUAGAACAAAAAGUAUUACUUCGAUUACAAGGAAGAGCACAUGUUCCACUUCUUUGGGGAAGUGGCUCCACAAACAGAGUUAAUUAUAUAAUUAUGCAAUUAUUAUCACAGAAUGUAAAUGAUAUUAGAAAGCAAAGUCCGCUUAAACGUUUUUCACGUUCAACUAUGGCUCGCAUUGUCAUACAGGGAAUAGCAGGAUUGCGAGAUAUCCAUCAGAUCGGUUAUAUUCAUCGAGAUAUUAAACCACAUAAUUUGUGCUUUGGACUCUCUGAAGUCAGUAAGCAUCGCUUAGUGAUUGUUGAUUAUGGAUUAGCGCGACGUUUCCGCUAUCCAAAUGGUCGAGUGCGACCACUAAGACGAGAUUGCGGAUUUCGUGGUACCAAACUUUAUGCAUCCCUACGGGCACAUGAAGGAAAGGAUCUUGGACCAUCAGAUGACUUAGUAAGUUUGUUUUAUGCGGCAAUUGAAAUGGUUCUUGGUUAUGUACCGUGGAAAGAAGCAAGAAAAAGUAAAGAAGUGAAAGCAUUGAAAGAAGCUGUUCAAGAAGAUGAUUUUCAAAGUGUAACAGAGAAGGUUGGUGAAGGUUUACGUGAAUUUGGACGUGCUGUACAUUCAAUGGAUGCAAAUGAUGAACCAAACUAUAUUGCUCUUCAGAAUAUAAUGCUAGAUUUUACGAAUAAUCGACAGUUAAGCGAUCCAUAUGACUGGGAUAAUGAUUUUGAAGAGGUAUUUCGUGAAAAUGACAUCAAUCAAAUGAUCUUCAAAAAUGAAUGA